UUAUGAGUGUACCUUUUAGUCAGUAAGCAAAACAGAGAUCCUUCUUUCAACUAAGGCUUGUAACCAAAUCUUUCUUCAUUCAUUUUAAUUUUAAUUUCUUUUUUAUAUAUAUAUAAUUAUAAUAAAAAUUAAAAAAUCCCACUUUUUUUCUUCUUCUUUGAAAGACUGAAUUUUUAUUUUUAAAACUUAACAAAGCAUGAGUCUCUGUGUCGGAGACCAUUGUUUACUCCCACAUAUACCACACACAACUCUCUCUGUUUUUCUUUUUCAUUCUCUCAUGCAAUAUAUAUAAAUUUAUAUAUAUAUGUAAACAAUUUUCCUUUUUUUCUUCAAUCCAAAUCUCAAGUUUUUAGCCUCAUCUUCGAACUAAUCAACUUCUCGGUGGGAGAGAAGAACGUUAAUGGAGUUGAGCAAAAAGGGUCACCUAAUCCAAUACCCAUUUCUUUAAAACCUCUAAUUCGAUCAAUUCUUUCUCUAUUACAAUCUUUUCGAGAGUUUUUAGCUUCUGGGUCUAUGAAAUUUCGCCUUAAAAAAUGUCCCACGUUGAUUUAGAACAAGGUAACCUCCACCUCCACCUCCACCACCACCACCAAAACCACCGCCGUUCAGUCACCGGAAGUGACGACGGCAGCCAAUGCUUUUCCGACGCCGAUGAAGGGUCUUGCUACUCCCAGUUCUACUCCACCACAGGUGGUUCGUACGACGAGUGCAGCUUCGGUUUCGUGUGCGACAGUGGUACUGAUGUAGAAGACGGCGUCGUUUCGGAUUCUCGGCGAGCCUCUUCGGUUUCGGAUCGUUCGGUUCGGGUCGGAGGAUCCGAAGUUGAAAUCAAAGUGCAUUUGAGUAAAGUAGAGAGAGAUUGUAGAAUUUGCCAUCUGGGUUUGGAGAGUAAUAGCCAUGAAUCUGGAGCUCCGAUUGAAUUGGGUUGUUCUUGUAAAGAUGAUUUAGCUGCUGUCCACAAGAACUGUGCUGAGGCUUGGUUCAAGAUUAAGGGAAAUAAGACAUGUGAGAUUUGCCAAUCCCUAGCACGCAACAUCGCUGGAGCGACCGAGAUUGAGUUAGCCGAGCAGGCUGCCAACGAAUCCAAUAGCGCCUCUGCAGCUUCUGCAGUAACAACAAUGCCUGGAUCAGAGUCUCGAGGCUUCUGGCACGGCCAUCGCUUCCUGAAUUUCCUUCUUGCUUGUAUGGUUUUUGCAUUCGUUGUAUCAUGGUUGUUCCACUUCAACGUGCCAUCUUCAUAAAUUUCUGCAUAAAAAAAGCUCUUCUCAAGUCUCAACUAAAGAUCUCAAAAGAAUCCAAAAAAAGUUGCAUACAAGAAAAAUUGGUAGGGAUGAUGAGGAUGAUUAAUGAGCUAGUCUCAACUUAGAUCUUUAUAUGCUACUCCAUACCUGUAGAGUUUAUUGUGUACCUAUAAGGUUACUAUCUUCUUAUACGUUGAUAGCCCAAUGAAGCCUUUGUUUUUUAUCAA